AUGAGAUUCGGAAUGUCGUGUACGUCGUCCUCCCUCUCACUUGUUGUUUAUCCGGCACCCCCAUCCCCCUGUUACUUAGCAAUCCAGCCUGGCGCGGUGGCACAACUAUUUCAAAUACCACACUUCUUGAUAUCAGCUCGCAAAGACCCGGUACGAGGUCUCAUCUUCUACAAACCCGACAACUCGACCGAAAAGCCCCCAAAGGGUAGUUCAGAUGAGUGGGAUAUUGGAGACGGUGGAAAAUGGAGAUCACAGACUGGGUAUCCCAUCUACGCCAUGUCAGGUGCCGCUGGCCAGAGAGUUAUGGACCAGUUGAGCAUGUACUCGGGUAACGUGACGGAUAUACCCUUUGGUGAUAGAAUCGCCGAAGUGUAUAAUCCUAGUCCAGGCGAUUUCGUGCGAGUAUGGACCGAAUUAUCGGUUUCCACUGACACUGCUCUACCCGGGAUAUGGGUCUACAUCCUGAUCAUCAUCGGAGUUCUCCUGGGCGCGAUCAUCGGGACUUCGCUUCUGAUGCAUUUUAUCCAAGCCAGGCGCCGCACCUCUCUGCGCAGACGUGUCAUUUCCGGCGAGGUUAACCUAGAACGAAUGGGUAUCAAGCGACUGAGGGUGCCUAUGGAGCAUAUCGACACCUUUCCUCUCUAUACUUACCAUUACGAGCCGGAUAGCAUCAGUAUGCCAACCUCGCCGAGGUCUUUGCGUCCUGGUAGGCCCAGAAGAGGCAGUCGAACUCAAUCAGAAGCACCCACCGCCCAGUCCCUUUCCGGGUUAACCGUGGCGCUGUCAGAAAAAGCGCCUAGCACCGUUGCAACCGACUAUCAGCCAGCAUGUUCUAUCUGCUUAGAACCGUACCAAAACCGAGUUACGGUUAUUCGAGAGCUUCCCUGCGGACACAUCUUCCACACGCAAUGCAUCAACGAAUUCCUCAGCGAAAACAGCUCGCUAUGUCCGAUAUGCAAAGCUUGCAUGCUGCCCAAGGGGUACUGUCCCAAAAUAACUAAUGCGAUGGUACGGCGAGAACGGGCGGUGCGACGAUUACGAGAUCGAAUAACAGUCGAGGAUUCUUGCUCGGAAUACGAAAUGGUGGAUCAAGGAAAGCCGACUCGGGGAGGCAAGGGAUUUAAGAGCCUACUAGGAAGAGGAGGAGAUGAUCCCAAAGCUGCGGAUGCAGCAACAAUUGCUACGAGUCCAUCCCGAAUAUCUACUAGGCAGGCCUCUAGUCAGCGCGCGGGACGUAUAAAACAACAAAAGCAAACCGGAAACAACAAUAAUGGUAAUGUGCAGGGUGGCAUUCCUGCUGAGCUCAAAAAGAAGCGGAUGCGGGAACUGGCUGGCGGCUCCGAAAUCGACGAUGGGGAGUCGCAAGCACCAGGCUGUAAGUUGAUUACCCUUACCCUCUUGUCGUGA